UGCAACAAUUAUCCUUCAGUCCGUCUCAGUAGUGGUCUGUCUCUGUUGUCCAGCAGGAGGAGACGGUGGUGGUGGAGGGCGGCUCUCCUCUUCCGGGCCUUCCCACAAGGGAUCUGGGAUCCACAGACAGCGCUGCCUCCCGGGGCCGCAGGAGGAGGGACCAACACACAUGCCGGCGAUGGCUGCCCAGGAUACUGGUCAGGAUCAGCAGGAAAACAGUCAGCCAGGGACGUGGCCGGGAACAGUCGCCACAAGUGGCUAUAAGGGAUUAACACAUUUUCUUUUGUUUUUGAUAAACAAGUUUAUUUGUAAAUUUAGUCAUCAUACAUAACUAACCAAACCUUCAAUAUAUUUUGAGACCCCCUUGGCAGGCUGUCUCCAUAAAAGUGACUUUCCCAGGAGAGUGACCAGAUGUGAUUGGCCAACACCGUCUUAGCCCGCAGGGGUUCCUGGCGAAGGAGCCUCACGUCCCUCCCCAGAGUUUUCAGAAUCCAAAGGCCGUAGGAGAAAGAACGCUGGUGGUGCUUCCUCUUAGAGGGGAGAAUCUCGGCCUGGAUAGGAGACCCAGCCCCACGCCGGGAAGUCGCGCCAAUGCUUCCAGUGUGCGUGGCCGGUGUGGCGGCGGAGAAUAUGGUUUGUCCUGGAGCCUGACCCUGUCUGUGUUGGUGUCAGCAGUGGCCCCCCCCAACGUACACACACAGGGUCCCUGGCAUCCCAAGACCGCUCCCGGCAGCCCCGCCGCUGGCUGCGCCUGGAAGCCGCAUCCUCAGGCCUCGCCCGGCAUUUGCUGACACAGAGGUUGUGUCCUUGGGUCCGUCCGUCCUCACCCCUCCAGCCUCGGUGCACCCCACCCUGUCUCAUUCCCUCCACCACACUCAGCAUAGUCCAGGAGGCUGGGGUCCAAGAGGGCCACGGCCGGCGCCCGGCUUUGUGCUGAGUCCCCAGUGCCCAGCAAGCCUGGCGCCCAGGAGGUGCUCAGCAAACGCUUCGGAACGACGGGAAGUGGGACUCUUCACCCAUCAGUGAUCCACUGCACAGCCACAGGCUCUGCCGUCCUUCUGCACUCAGGGUCCUCAGUGCCCGCCGCCGAUGGCAGCUCCGUGGUGUCCGAGUCCGCGGUGAGCUGGGCGGCGGGCGCCCGGGCGGUGCUGCGCUGCCAGAGCCCGCGCAUGGUGUGGACCCAGGACCGGCUGCACGACCGCCAGCGCGUGCUCCACUGGGACCUGCGCGGCCCCGGGGGCGGCCCUGCGCGGCGCCUGCUGGACUUGUACUCGGCGGGCGAGCAGCGCGUGUACGAGGCGCGGGACCGAGGUCGCCUGGAGCUCUCGGCGUCAGCCUUCGACGACGGCAACUUCUCGCUGCUCAUCCGCGCGGUGGAGGAGACGGACGCGGGGCUGUACACCUGCAAUCUGCACCACCACUACUGCCACCUCUACGAGAGCCUGGCCGUCCGCCUGGAGGUCACCGACGGCCCCCCGGCCACCCCCGCCUACUGGGACGGCGAGAAGGAGGUGUUGGCGGUGGCGCGCGGCGCGCCCGCGCUCCUGACUUGCGUGAACCGCGGGCACAUGUGGACCGACCGGCACGUGGAGGAGGCGCAGCAGGUGGUGCACUGGGAUCGGCAGCCGCCCGGGGUCCCGCACGACCGCGCGGACCGCCUGCUGGACCUGUACGCGUCGGGCGAGCGCCGCGCCUACGGGCCCCUUUUCCUGCGCGACCGCGUGGCCGUGGGCGCAGACGCCUUUGAGCGCGGUGACUUCUCGCUGCGCAUCGAGCCGCUGGAGGCCGCCGACGAGGGCACCUACUCCUGCCACCUGCACCACCACUACUGCGGCCUGCACGAACGCCGCGUCUUCCACCUGACGGUCGCCGAACCCCACGCGGAGCCGCCCCCCCGGGGCUCUCCGGGCAACGGCUCCAGCCACAGCGGCGCCCCAGGUCCAGACCCCACACUGGCUCGCGGCCACAACGUCAUAAACGUCAUCGUCCCCGAGAGCCGAGCCCACUUCUUCCAGCAGCUGGGCUACGUGCUGGCCACGCUGCUGCUCUUCAUCCUGCUGCUGGUCACCGUCCUCCUGGCCGCCCGCAGGCGCCGCGGAGGCUACGAAUACUCGGACCAGAAGUCGGGAAAGUCAAAGGGGAAGGAUGUGAAUUUGGCGGAGUUCGCUGUGGCUGCAGGGGACCAGACACUUUACAGGAGUGAGGACAUUCAGCUAGCCUGCUCUCCUCCCACAGAUUACAAAAACAACAUCUUGAAGGAGAGGGCGGAGCUGGCCCACAGCCCCCUCCCUGCCAAGUACAUCGACCUAGACAAAGGGUUCCGGAAGGAGUACUGCAAAUAGGGGGACCCUGGGCUCCUGGCUGGGCCAGCAGCUGCAUCUUUCCUGUCUGUGCCCCUCGGGGCAUCUCCUGGUGCUCCCGGGCUCACCCCCUUCCAGCGGCUGGUCCCGCUUUCCUGGAAUUUGGUCUGGGCAUAUGCAGAAGUGGCAGCACAGCCCCCACCCCUUUGGCCUUUGCUCACGGGUGGCCCUGCUCAGCCCAGACACAACCAAAAUCCCACUGAUGCCCAGCAUGCCCUCAGACCCUCCUGGGCUCAGCCCACUGGGGGCUGGAAGACAUUCCUGGAAGACACUCCCAUCAGAACCUGGCAGCCCCAAAACUGGGGUCAGCCUCAGGGCAGGAGUCCCACUCCUCCUGGGGUGCUGCCCACUGUCGAGAGCUCCCCAGGGCUCCUCCGCGUACCAUGCAGGACUCCAGGCACCAUCUGUUCUCCCCAGGGACCUGGUGACUUGGAGAAUGCCAGCCCUUGCCCCUCUCUGCUGCUUUGGGCCACCUGGGGCUGCACCCCCCGCCGUUUCUCUGCUUCCACCCCUACCCUAGCCUUGCUCUCAGCCACCUUGACAGUCACUGGGCUCCCUGUGACUUCUGACCCUGACACCCCUCCCUUGGACUCUGCCUAGGCUAGAGUCUACGGCUGGGGCCACAUUUGGCUUCUGUACUGGCUGAGAACAGGGGAGGGGGUGAAGGUGGCUUGGGGUGGCCUAUGUUGCCACUCUCAGCACCCCACAUUUGCACCUGCUGGUGGACCUGCCACCAUCACAAUAAAAGCCCCAUCUGAUUUUUA